AUGACGGCUGCCCCAGAGGCGACGCACAAGAAGCCCGGCAGCAGCAGCAGCGAUAGUGACAGCACCAACGCCUCCUCCAGCGGCACCGAAGGUUCCAACGACGUCGCCGGCAGCCUCGAGGCCAGCGGCGCCAAGAGCACCACCGGCCCUGAUGGCACCAACGGCAACGACGUCGCCGCUGGCGACUACUUCUUCCCGCCAGCGUCACCGGCGGCCGAGACCAAGGACCAAGCCCGGGCGGAUCGGCCCGCUGACAGCGGCGUCAGCAUGUCUGCUGGCCUCUCCGGACAGCCGCCCGUCCCGGCCGCCAAUGAGCUGGAGCGGCGGGCGUCGGUCGCCACGACGGCAUCGACGCAGCCGCGCAAGCUCAGCAUCACCUUCCAGGACCAGCUGCCGAGGCGUGACUCGUCCGGGUCGGCAAGCAUCGCGGGCUCCAACCGCUCGUCCAACGGCGGCUCCAACGAAUCCUCCAACGGCUCGUCCAACGAGGGCUCGGACCGCGGCGCUCCCAGGAAACAGUCGGUGUCGUCCAUCAGCCUCCGAAGCCUCUCCAGCCAGUCCCUGGCGUCAGCCGAGCCACGCAAGUCGAGCGUCUCGUUCCAGGAUGUGCUGCCGAGGCCCGAUUAUGCGACGGUCGACGAUCUCGUCAACGCGUGGAGCCGGAAGCGAUCGAUUUCGUCCAUCAGCUUCCGACAGCUGCGAGCCUCGUCGCCCAUGGACAGGGCGCUGUCACCGGCAAGCGAGUCGCGCUCUCGAGCGCCGUCGCCACCUCACCAAAGGUUCCAGCGGCACGUCGGCUUCGACAACGUGCCCAAUGGCGAGGCCACCAAGAACAACACGCUGUCGCUGACGCUCAACGUCAAGCACAAGGGCUACCAGGCCCGCCGCCGGUCACGAACCUUCAUGGUCGGCGUCGACGAGCACUCGUACUCCGACUAUGCAAUCCAGUGGCUGCUCGACGAGCUGGUCGACGACGGCGACGAAAUUGUCUGCGUGCGAGUCAUCGAGAAGGAGAUUCGCUACAAUGACAAGCAGUACCAGGACGACGCGAGGCACAUCAUGGACGCCAUUCUCGCAAAGAAUGGUGCCAAUCGCGCCAUCAGCUUCGUCCUCGAGUACGCCGUCGGCAAGCUGCACGCGACGUUUCAAAAGCUGAUUCAAAUGUACCAACCCGCCAUGCUCAUCGUGGGCACUAAGGGCCGGUCGCUCGGUGGCAUCCAGGGGCUGGUUAACGCCCGCAACUCGUUCUCCAAGUACUGCCUGCAGUACUCUCCCGUGCCCGUCGUGGUCGUGCGGCCGACGGAGCAGCGCAUCAAGAAGAAGGUGAAGCGCGCAAACGACUCGACCCGCCAGACGUAUGUGGGCAUGCUGGCCAAGACGCACGGCCGCCACGAGGCCGACAGCGAGGCCAGCAGCACCUACGAGCUCGAGGUCCAGAACACGCCCGACGAAGAGGCCCACCAGGUCGCCAAGGUGCUCGGCCUGCCCGCUAAGUUCGACCCGACCAUUAAGCCUCUCCCGUCGAGCCAGCUGCGCCCGCGCUCCAGGCCGACCAGCCCGCACCCGGGCGCCGACGUACCCACGCGUCUAGUGGACGCAUCGCCCUCCAGCGAACGCGGCGACAGCGACGAAGACGAAGACGACGAGGAGUGCGACUUCGACGUUAUCGACGGCCAGCAGGCGCUCACCCAGCAGCAGAAGCUGGAGCAGCUGCACAAGAUGGAGGUGGGAGAGGCAGCCGCUCUGAAGAUGGGCGUCGACGACGAUACGGACGAGUCGGACGAGAAGUCAGACACGGCGCAGGAAGCCAAGGCCGCUUCAUAG